AUGGGAGGAGAGGAGUGGGCAAAAUACUCCACCUCCCACCAGGCAAAAGAAAUACAGACUUUACCUCCAAGCGGGAGGAAGGCCCGGGCGAGCCCACCGGGAGGCCCAGCACUGCCAGGGAGGGAGCCGGGAAAGGACUGGAGAGGGUCGGGGUUGCUGGUGCUGUCCCUGGAAAGGAUUUACCCAACGCAGCAAUUCAUCAAGCGCUUAAAUAUUGCAAAGGAAGAAUCUUUAAAGGGCGUGAAAUCGGCAGGGUGUGAGCAGAGGGGCCCGGGCACCUCCCUUGUGCUGGGGUUUCCCAUGCGUGUGGAGCGGCGCUCGUGCGUGUUAUUAACCUUCAGACAUGAUCAAUCAGGACUCCAGAGGAGUCCAGGCACCUGCAAAGGAGCCCCGCCGCUCUGCCGAAGAGCUGCCCCCGCGAGCAGCGGCCUCGUGAUUCCCCCGCGGAGCGUCCCCGCCUCCCUACUCCGCCCCCCUCCCCUGGAGCCGGGAGCAGCCUCUCCGGAUCUGGCUCCUCUCCUCCAGGCGCUCGCGUGCCGGACGGGGGUGGCGAGAGCGAGGAAGCAGCUGGAGGUGACGCCGGGCGGAUACGCCUGUGGCAGAGCGGAGCGGAGCCGGGCGGAUCGCAGGACGCUGCGCAGACCAGCGGAGAGAGCGUCCGGCUCGCGAUAGCUAAA